AUGUACGCUGAUAGACUUUUAGGGCGAACAAUAAACUUCGAAUCAGGUUCUAUCACAAUUGAGUCUUUAUUAUCUCGGACUUCAUACUCAUCAAUAUAUCUCGGCAGCCACCAAGGGAGCCAAUUUGCAAUAAAAUGUACAACAAUUUACAUGUCACAUUUCCAAGAAGUGUUUUUAAAAGAAUCUACAGUUCUCCGACAGAUAGGUUCACAUCCUAAUAUAAUUUCCCUAUAUGAUUGCAUGCUUUUGCAAGAGCUUCCACAAGUAGGCAUAUUGAAGCUUGAACAUUGCUCAAGAGGAAAUCUAUGCAAGCUGAUGGAAACUCAAAACCUUACUGAUGACCAAAUUUUAUUUGUAUUGAAAGACAUUAUUUCUGCUCUAAUUAAGCUGCAGGAGAAUGGGAUAAUACACAGAGAUAUAUCACCAAAAAACGUAUUAGUGACUGGGGAUUUUAGAUUCAAAUUAUGUGAUUUUGGAAGCUCCCUUAAAUUUGAAGAAGCUAAAGCAGCACCAGCUAUGGCAAUUGUGCUGGGAAAUGUCGAAAAAUUUACACACCCAGACUAUAGGCCACCUGAUUUCCAGAGUGAGUUAGACUUGGGGAAAAUGGAUACCUGGGGACUCGGAUGUUUGUUACAUUUUAUGAUGUACAGAGAGAUGCCUUUUAAUAAUAAAGUAGACAGUGCUGACAAGCCUGAUAGAUCCGAAUUAUUAAGAGAAAUCUUAAACCUCUGCUUAGAGCCUGUUCCUAAAGAAAGAAUUUCUCCUCGGCUGCUGCUUAAUAUGGUAAAUAACUGAAAAAUGCCAGCUAAUUUAGCAUUUAACUCAGGAUCAAGCCACCAAAAAAUUCCUUAUUACUCCUUGAAAUCUUCAAUUAAAUACUGCCUUGAAAACUUAUUUUCGCUUACAGAAAAUCCACCUGAUCUAUUUUUGCUUCACAAAGUUUUCUUAUCUGCUUAUAUAAAGCCAGACUCUAUAUCAAAAUUUUUUAAUUUAUUAAAAAAUAUUGAUAAUUCUUUGACUAUUGUUGCAAUAAAAGAAUUGGUGGUUCUGCAUAGAUAUAUGAUUUCUGGUCCUAUUGAGGCUAGUGUCAAUAAUCAAAGCCUAAGGGAAAUCUUAACUGGAUUAUUAGGGAAAUGGACAAAUAAACAGAAAGAUAAUAGAGAUGCAUAUCAUUGUGAUUAUUAUUGUGGACUGGUGAGGCAGAUGUGUAGGGUUCUUUUGGAAAAAAUAGGAAUACACCAGCAGACUGGAUCUCCAGGGAAUUGGAAGAAAAAUAUCCAAACGCAGCAUAUUCAUGUAGUUCUGGAGUAUUUGGCUAAACUUAUUAGAGUUUGUGAAGGGCUUUAUUUUGGAGUCACAAAUUUAAAUCGAAUUAUGAACUUUUUAACUAUGCAGCUUAUAGAAGAAUGCCAAAGACUAUCAGCAAUUAUUAAUAUAAGCUUAAAACCAAUUGCAGAGCAGCAUCCAAUAGAAGUAAAUACAUAUACCCAGCUAUUCCAAAGAAUUGCAAACCUCACUAACCAAAAAUCACCUGACCUCCUCCAAGCUCCAAAGCAAGAAAUCAGAAAAAUUCAUUCUCAAACUUCUAAAUCUCCUCAAAUCCUUAUUCCUCAAAACCCACAAAUGAAUCCGAAUAUGAUGCAAAACAAUCUGUCUCCAUCUCGGCCACAAGUAAAUUUAAUGAUUCCUGACCAAAUCCCUUUAUUUCCUUCUACUCCACCUAUUCAAAAUCAAAAGCCCAGCAUAGUAGAAAAAAGAUGAAUAAUUAAGCCAGAAGAAUUAAAACUUGAAAAAAUUUUAGAUUAAUUUAUAAUGAAUAAAUCUGUAUAUUUACUAUAAAAAAUUAGAUAAUUCCUAUUAUAAACAAGUAUAGCUCUGGGGCAAGCUGCACUGUCUAUAAAGGACUAUUCAAAAAAACUCCUGUCGCUAUCAAAAUGAUAAAAUCAAUGCCUGGGCAAUCUCUUGAAAAAGAAUUUGAACGUGAAGUGACCGCUAUGAUGCUUCUAAGACACCCUAAUUUAAUUCUCUUUAUGGGCGCUUGCUCAGAGCCCCAGAUGAUUAUUGUUUCAGAAUUCUGUGGCGGAGAUACUCUAUUUAAGCUGCUUCAUGAAAGGAAAAAUAUCAUGCUUACAUGGAAACAAAAGCUGAAAAUUUUAAGAGACGUAGCCAGAGGGAUGCAUUAUUUACAUGUAAACGACCCACCACUGCUGCACAGAGACCUAAAAAGCUUGAAUUUGUUACUUCUUGAAGAAGUAAACUCGCCUAAUGAUAAAAUUCAAAUAAAAAUCACUGAUUUUGGAGUUACUAGAAUGUAUGAUAAUACUGAACAAAUGACAGGACAGAUGGGAACUUGCCAUUGGAUGGCUCCAGAAGUCAUAAAUAAUCAGCCUUAUGCUCUCUCUGCAGACGUUUAUUCAUUUGCAAUUGUCAUGUGGGAGGUAGCUGCAAGAGAAAUCCCUUAUAAAGAUGUAAACCCGAUGGCGAUACCUGUAAAAGUGCUGAGAGGGGAAAGACCAAAUUUAAGCGGGAUACCUUCUACUUGCCCAGAAAUGAUUAAAGAUAUCAUAAGGGCGGCUUGGGAUGCAAAUCCAGCCCGUCGGCCUACAUUUGGACAGAUUAUUGAUGCUUUAGACCAAUUAGACGCAGAAACGCCUUAA